AUGGAGCGGGACGGGUCGACGGUGCGCGACGGUCUCGCCACCCCACCUGCCGGCCGGUUCACGCGGCGGUGGGCGGGCGGGAGAAACGCGGGCCCGCCGCCAUUCUACACGUGCGGGCACAGGGAGCUAUGGCGGAGGGAGGAGGGGCGCCGGUCGCCACUGGCGUAUAUGCGCGCUGGCGCGGGGAACGAGCACCUAGUUUCCCGUCUGGAGCUAGCGGCGCGCCUGGAGGGGCAUCACGGGUGCGUGAACACGCACCUAGUUUCCCGUCUGGAGCUAGCAGCGCGCCUGGAGGGGCAUCACGGGUGCGUGAACACGGUGAGCUUCACGCCGUGCGGCGACCUGCUGCUGUCGGGGUCCGACGACUGGAGCAUCGUGCUGUGGGACUGGCCGCGCGCGCUGCAGCGCCUGCGCUGGCGCUCGGGGCACGAGAACAACGUGUUCCAGGCGCGCGCUCUGCCACACACGGGGAACAAGACGGUUGUGUCCUGCGCUGCUGAUGGCCAGGUGCGGUGCAGCAUCCUGAAAGAGGGCGGCAGUGUGGACACAAAGCGUCUGGCGCGCCACAGGGGGCGAGCGCACAAGCUGGCUGUGGACCCCACCACGCCGCACUGCUUCCUCAGCUGCGGGGAGGAUGGCGUCGUGCGGCAUUUCGACCUGCGUCAGGACCGCCCCUCCACCAAGCUGCUCACGUGUCAGCUCAUGCGCUCGCAGCGCGCCCUCGGGCUGAACGCCAUUGUCGUCAACCCGCUGCGCCCGCACCUCUUUGCCGUGGGUGGGGCGGACGAAUUCGCCCGCCUGUAUGACAUCCGCAGGUUGAUGCCUGUGGAAGCUUCCUCUCUGCCGCCCUCCGAUCGUCCUCUUGACACAUUCGCACCGGACCAUCUCAUUCACAACACGCGCGACUAUAUCUCGCCCACGGUGCACAUCACGUGUGUGGCCUUCUCAACGAGCGACGAGCUGCUAGCCUCGUACAACGACGAGUUGAUCUACCUCUUCCUCCCCCACCAUGGCCUCGGCUCCGACCCCCUCUCUGCCCCUGCUGCUGCUAGACGCAGAAACAGAGUGAAGGGGGUGGGAGGAGGAGAAGGGGAGGGUGAGGGGGUGACGGGGAGUGGGAGGGCGAGGGGAGGGGGACGGGAGAGGGUGGGGAGAGGGAGGGGAGAGGGGAGGGUUGGUGGUGGGGAGAGUGGGAGUGGUGAGAAAGAAGGGGGUGAAGGGGCGGAGGGCGGGCAGGGGCAGAGAAGGAGGAGGAGGUUGAGUGGAGGAGGGAGGAGAGGGGAGGAAGAGGGGGAGAGGGAAGAGGCGUGUGGUGGGUUGAAUACUAGAAGGCGAGUUGGUACUGGUGGGAGUGAAGGGAGGGAAGGGGGUGAGAGAGGGGAGGAGGGGCAGGGGGGGCAUAAGGGGGAAGGGGAGAGUGGUGAUGUGGAAAGGGGGAGAGGAGGGGAGGAAAGAGGGACGGGGGUGGAUAGGGCAGCGCUUGGGGGCGAGGCACAGGUAGAGAAGGCAGAGGAAGAGGAGGAGGAAAGAGUGGGCCUGCUUUCCACACACAGAAACGGGGUGGUAGCAAGAGGGGGCCGGGGGAGCAGCAGGGGAACGCUGCGAGCAUGCCGGAACAGAAACAGCGGUGUGGAAGAGCGAGGGGUAGAGGAGAAGGAGGAGGGUGAGGUUGAGGAGGGAGAGGUAGAGGACGACGAGGAGGAGGAUCUGGAUUUGCAAAUGGGUGAUGAAGAUGAGGAGGAGGGGGGAGAUGACCAUGGGGACGAGGCAGGGGUAGGAGGAGCAGGAGGGGAGCAGUUGGAGGGGAUACAGGUGUAUACAGGGCACCGGAACGAGCAGACGGUGAAGGGGGUGAACUUCUUUGGGUUGCGCAAUGAGUACGUGGUCAGCGGAUCGGACUGCGGGCAUAUCUACAUCUGGCGCAAAGCAGGCGGCAAACUCGUUGCCAUGCUGCCGGGCGAUCGGCAGUCGCACCCAUCCCUCUUUGUGCUCGCCACCAGUGGGAUCGAAGCGGAAUCCAAGUGA